GAUUGCGAACACACUCCCGACUGACUGGAGCUCUGCUGCGGGAAUAGGUCGGAGCAGCCGACGCUGAAAUAGGUGGGAAAAGUUGCUCCGAACUACCUCUUCGGUCGACGCAGAACGCAGAGAGACGCCGCUGGAGUUUUAAAAGCCAAUAGUUCCUCACCCCCUCCCCCCCCCCCAGUUGGACAUGAGGAGCCCCCCAGGCCUGGGUCGCUGAGCAGCUGAGGUCAGAUUUCAAGUGUUCCAGCAGUCAUGGCUGACAGGGAGGGGCUGCCCAUGGCCCCGGGCCAGAUCUUCAUCGAGGUGGAGUACGACUACGAGUAUAAGGCCAAGGACAAGACGGUGGUCAUCCGCCAGGGGGAGUGCUACGUGCUGGUGAAGAAGACUAACGAGGACUGGUGGCAGGUCAGGAAGGAGGAGGGCACAAAGGCCUUUUACGUGCCGGCGCAGUACGUCAGGGAGGUGCGCCGGGCGCUCAUGCCCCCCCAGAAGCCCACCUUGAGGGCCAAGCCCACCGUUUUGGAUAUCUGCCGGGCAUCCAAUGAAAACCUCAACAGACCCCACCCGGAAAUGUCCAGCUUUGGGCGGCCAUCGCCGUCCUCCACCCCGUCGCCGUCCUCUGAUCGCGUCACGCCGCCGGUUCAGUCCAAGGACGCCAACCAGAACCUGGGCAGUCCCCAUCACUGCAAGGUGGUAGCUGAGCUGGUACUUCUUCACAACAACAACAACCACCACCACGCCAACAAUUCCACGUUGCCAAGGACACGGGCCGACUCGCCUCCACUCAAAGUGGGGGACAACCACAACAAAAGUCCAGACGGCGACAAGACGUCCCCACCCAGCGACCUGCCGGGAGAUCGGCUGAACAAGCUCCACAACGACUCGGAGUCUGGGGAUGAGCUGAGCAGCAGCUCAACGGAGCACAUGCAGACAACAUCACCUACAGGUCCGGGCCGGUCCGACUCGCCGGUCUACACCAACCUGCAGGAGUUGAAGAUCUCUCAGUCCAGCUUGCCGCCCGUCCCCUCCAGCUCCCCUCUCCACAUCUUGGGCGACUGGGAGACCCACAAAGACCUGAGCGGCAGGCAUUUCUACUACAACCGCGCCAGCGGAGAGCGCACCUGGAAGCCCCCGCGCACCAGGGACGCCAGCGGCAGCACCAGCAGUAUCCGAGGAGACAGCCAGGGCACAGCGGAGAGUGAGCCGCUGUCCUCCGAGGAAAACUGUCCCAGCACCAACUCGAGUCAGUCUGACAGCCAGUACGGGUCCUCCCCGAGAGGCUGGUCUGAGGAGCUGGAUGAACAUGGACACACUCUCUACGUCUCGGAAUACACACAGGAGAAGUGGAUAAAACAUGUGGAUGAACAAGGUCGGCCCUACUACUACAGCGCCGAUGGAUCCAGGUCAGAAUGGGAACUGCCCAAGUACAAUAUGUCCCCUCAGUCCGGCGAGGUUCCCAAAAGUCGCAGUCUGGAGAGGAAGCAGCAGGAUCCCAUCGUCCUCACCAAGUGGAGACACAGCACCUACGUCUUAGACCUCAACGACAAGGAGUGUGCUCCGGUGCCCAAGCAGAGCUCUCCAGACUCUGACUCCUGCCCCUCAUCUCCUAAGCACCCCUCGACCCCCUCGGAGAAGUGUGGAGUCCUCAAUGUCACCAAAAUCACAGAGAAUGGAAAGAAAGUCAGGAAGAACUGGACCUCCUCGUGGACAGUGCUGCAAGGUUCCUCCCUGCUCUUCGCAAAGGGUCAGGGGGCCAGCACCAGCUGGUCGUACUACCGCAGUGGCUCCAUCCCUGAGCUGCUCCUCACUCUCCUUAGCAACUGGAAGCGCUCAGUCAAGCCCCGUCCUGCUGUCUCCUAUGUGAACUGUAGUCCUGUGCAGACUGCCGCUAAGUUUGGGAGCAACCAGUCGAAGCCCGAGUUCACUGUUGAUCUGCGAGGGGGGGCGGUGGAUUGGGCAUCCAAGGACAAGUCCAGCAAGAAACACGUCAUCGAGCUGAAGACUCGUCAAGGGACAGAGCUGCUGAUCCAGUCAGAGAUCGACAGCGUCAUCAACGACUGGUACCGGGCCCUCACAGAGACCAUCAGCACACAUGCCUGGGAGUCAGACGAGGCCAUUGAGGAGGACAUGCCCGAGUCUCCAGGAGCUGAGAAACAGGACAAGGAGAAAGACCACCGGGACUCCAAGAAGAACAGAGUGAUGAAGACGUCUGUGAGUAUGGACUCAUCAGACCAGAAGAAAACCAGGUUGAAGCUCAAGAAGUUCCUGACCCGUCGACCCACCUAUCAGGCUGUCCGAGACAAGGGAUACAUCAAAGAUCAGGUGUUUGGCUGCAGCCUGAGCAGUCUGUGCCAGCGGGAGAACACAUCAGUACCCAACUUUGUCACCAUGUGUAUCGACCAUGUGGAGAACACAGGUCUCAGUAUUGACGGCUUAUACAGAGUGAGCGGGAACCUGGCAGUGAUCCAGAAGCUCCGCUUUGCUGUAAAUCAUGAUGAGAAGGUGGAUCUGAAUGACAGUAAGUGGGAGGACAUCCACGUCACCACGGGAGCUCUCAAGAUGUUCUUCAGGGAGCUUCCCGAGCCUCUCUUCACAUACGGGUCCUUCGACGACUUUGUUGAAGCCAUCAAAUGCUCCGACUACAAGCAGCGAGUGAAUUCAAUCAAAGACUUAAUAAAGAAGUUGCCAAAACCCAACCACGACACAAUGCAAGGCCUCUUUAAACACCUGCGGAGGGUGAUUGACCACGGGGAGGCCAACCGCAUGACCACCCAGAGCGUGGCCAUCGUGUUCGGACCCACGCUGCUCCGGCCCGAGACGGAGACGGGCAACAUCGCGGUCCACAUGGUCUACCAGAACCAGAUAGUGGAGCUCAUACUGCUCGAGUAUGAAAGCGUCUUCGGCAGGUAGAAGGCACCCACUCAAAGUAGGGAUGCUGGGCUUUUUCAAAACACAGACUUCUCUCUCUCUCUCUCUCUCUCUCUCUCUCUCUCUCUCUCUCUCUCUCUCUCUCUAUCCUCUUUUCUUUGACUGAACUGAACAUUGCUGUGGACCAAGCAGUUGUGGGAGAAAAAUCUAAUUUAACCUUUAUUGACAGGACAGUUUAUGGAAGUGUUGCACUUAUAGGUUUGGAGAUAAAAAAAAAGAAAGAAAAAAAAGAAAAGGUGUACAGAUUUCACCCGCUUUUUCAGUUCCUGCUGCGAGUAGCAGGCCGGACAACGGACAGUGUUUGAGAGUGAUGACGUGUGGACGUCCGUGUGAUUUGGUGGAUUCGAGCAUUCAGGUGUGUUCACAUACACUGGAUCCCUGUGGCCAGUAAAUUUCCAACGGUGGAACUCUUCGCCUUCGGGUGGAAGCCGAACAGACUGCAUUGGCGUUAACCAGCCCAAACCGGCAACCUCAUCACCUCGCCGAAGGAUACGAGCUGAAUCUGAACCGAAGAGGUUCUUCUGUGUCGUGGAGCUUUGUCUGUGGUGUACAAGCCCUGUGUGGUUAUGGAUCAGGUGGGAAAAAUAUAAUAAUCAGUGUUAUGUUAACAGACUGUCUUUUGGCACUUGGAUGAACUGGAUCGUGUUCCCAACUUACCUUAGCGACACCAUCACCCCCCCCCCCCCCCCUCCUUUUAGCCAGUGUUAACCAUUAACCCUGUGACAUGAGCGUCCUUUGACUUGAAUGAUGGAGGACAAGCCCUCUGUGUGUGUGUGUGUGUGUGUGUGUGUGUGUGUGUGUGUGUGUGUGUGUGUGUGUGUGUGUGUGUGUGUGUGUGUGUGUGUGUGUGUGUGUGUGUGUGUGAGAGAGUGUGAAUUAACCUAAAUGGAAUAAAACCUGAGCAGAAGCAUCCUCGUCUUGCCACUUUGUACAAACUGUGUUGUGUAGUCUUGCGUGCUUUGGUCAAGUUUCCGUUAAGCUGCCGGCGGUCAUCGUCUUCUCAACGUCAGCGUUGGUUUCUUCAGUGGCAGGAAACGUCACCGAGCUCCUGGCGUUACUGGGAAAAAACAAAACAAAAAUAAAGUGGAUUUGUGGGGACUGCAAUGUUACCAAUUUUUACAUGAUUUGUCUCUGUCGGUUUGAUGACCCUUCUCUUCACCUAAGCUAAUAUUAAAGAGUAUUCAGAGAAGGGAAAACGGUACUGAAAAUAUUUCAAAGGUUGAUGAAUGGGAGCGUAUGGUUGUUAAAAUGCAAAGGAGAGCCUUUAAAAAACCUUUCAGAGCAUAUUUACAGUGACAGAAACUAGUUGUUAAAAUGUGUUAUAGUGACUGAGGUAUGUAUGCUUUGAUGGUGAACUAGUGAAAGAUGAUUUUGAUUUUUUUCUUUUUUGUACAUUUGAAUUAAAACGUGACAAUACACGGAUUGUGGAGAAAAAACACACGAUCGACUGUUACUUUUGUUUGAAGGUGUAUCUGGAGUGUUUGCGCAUGGUCAGCUGCACAUUUUGAAUGUAAUUUUCAGGCUAACUGCUGUUUGUGAAACUGCUACGUCUAAUAAAAAAAGGCAAACUAAAUGUU